AUGAUUCAUCCAUACCCAGCUGUACACUAUAGCUCCAUAGUUAGAGCAGGGGUGGGACAAUUAGUGAGAGUGAGUGAGAGGGACACCUCGGUUCCUGAGGGUCCGGAAGGGCGAGAAGCGGCACUUCAGAUUGACGCGUUUUCGAUGAAAAAGGACAUUAGCAUCGUCGACUGGAUCGAUAAAGUCGAAGAGUGCGGUGAACGAUACAACUGGGAUGACCUGGCGAUCAGGCAUUAUGCCCUCGCCAAGUUGGUCGGCGUGGCGCGCCGUUGGAGAGACAGCCUGAACCGAGACGAUCAACGCGAUUGGCAAGGCUGGGUGGAACUCUUAAAGAAGAACUUUCCCUGUAAGAAGAGCGUUUUGAGUUUGCGGUUGGCAGCUCAAAACUACAAAAAGAAACCGUCACAGGACAUGACGGAAUAUUUCUACGAAAAACUGUCCAGGUGCAAUGAAGCCGACAUGUGUAGUGAUGAGUGUAUCAAGUGGAUAGUCCAUGGACUGAAUAGUACGCGUUUUCGUGAUUUUCUCGGUCCCUUAGACAGGUACAAGGAGCCUUACGAACUUCUGCCACAUCUAGAGGCAGGCAGUGCUCAUAUUCGUGAAAACGCGAAUGGGAACGCAAGUGGAAGAAACGAGUCCGGGAAACGUGGCGGAAAUUCGAAGGAUGGCGCGACCAGUGAAGUUACGUGUUUCGCGUGCAAGGAAACGGGACAUUGGAAACGCGAUUGUCCAAAUAAAUUAAAAUCCGGAAAGUGUUUUAAGUGUGGCAUUACAGGACAUCUCGCGCGAGACUGUGGCAAAAGUCAAAAUCGAAGCGGAGAAAUUUCGUCCACGACCACGGUUUCAAGCGGAAACGAAUUGGGGAGCAGUGUCGUGGCGAUCCGCGAAUGUGACGCGACGAGACUCGGGUUUGAGAUGGAAAAGGGCGAAAGUGAAGCUCUCGUGGGGUACAGAAACGGCGUCGUGCUGCCAAUUGGACGUAUGACCGGGUCGUUAUCAAUCGACGGGGUUGAGGCCCGGGUGGACGUUCACGUGGUACCUGACGAAGAUCAAGCGGUGCCCUUGCUCGUGGGUCACCCUUAUACUGAGCAACGACACGUGGUAAUUACCAGCAUGGCCGAUCAGCUGUUAAUCGAAGAAAGACGAGAUACAUUAACGACAGGAGCAGUGAGUGAAUCGGUAAAAACUGUGUUAUGUGCCGUGAACUCGUAUGAAGUGCCGGAUAAUUACGUGGGUAGAAUCUGUGUCGAGACGGAUUUUAAAUAUACCGAAUUAUUUGUGACUGGUGAUACGAGAGAAGCAGGACAGCUUAUUCCACGUUGCAUAGUCAAAACCGACGAAAAAGGGCAGGCAGUGCUUCCUGUGUUGAAUCUCUCAGGUGCGCCUCUCAAAGUGCCAGAAGGUAGUGUAGUGACUCGGGCGCACAAGUGUAGCGAGGCUAAAGUACGGGGACGUGAAGUAAAUGAUGUGCCAGUUACUCGAAUAGAAAUAGACACGGAUUUGGAAGGCGAGCAGGCGGAGAGGGUACUCGCCCUCAUAAACGAGCGUUUGAGAUGGAGAUUGAGACAGAGGACGACGAAGGAUCUCAUCAAGGAGCUGAAAGAAGCAGGCAUCGUGGAGGAAAGCUGUUCACCAUAUGCGAGUCCGAUGCUGCUGGUAAGAAAGGCGUCAGGUGAUAUACGCAUGUGCGUUGAUUUUCGCGCUCUUAAUAAAUUAAGUGUGAAGGAUCACUAUCCGCUUCCGCGAGUAGAUGAUCUCUUAGGCCGACUAGGGGGUAAAAAGUACUUUACCACUUUAGAUUUAGCAAGCGGAUACUAUCAAAUUCCGGUGGCUAAAGAUUCGCAACCCAAAACAUUGAGUUUUUGGGUUUUACGUUGUCCGACGGAGAAAAUUUCGCCAGGAACAAAAAUUCUAAGUGCUGUUAAAGAUUUUCCGCGACCAACGAAUGUGGGUGGGGUACGCUCAUUCGUCGGAACGGCGACCUUCUGUCGCAGAUUCAUCAAAAACUUUUCGUUGAUCGCGAAACCUCUAACGGACUUAACAGCGAAAAACGCGAAAUUCGAAUGGGGGCCGGAUCAUCAGAGGGCUUUCGACACAUUGAAGCAGCGGUUGCUCGAGAAGCCGGUACUCGCGAUUUAUACACCAGGGGCGGAAACUGAGGUGCACACGGACGCGAGUCAGAUAGGGCUGGGGGCGGUUUUAUUUCAGAGACAAAAGGAUGGCAAACUGCAUCCCGUGUUUAACUUUAGCCGGAAGACCAGCAAGGAUGAGUCGAAGUAUCACUCAUACGAGCUCGAGGCACUUGCGAUCGUGUGCGCACUUGAACGAUUCCGCGUUUAUUUAAUCGGAGUCAUUUUUACCAUCAGAACUGACUGCAAUAGCCUCAAAUUGCUUGAAUCGAAGAGGGACUUGGGCGCGCGAAUCGGACGGUGGUUUGUGCGUCUCGCCGAAUUCACCUAUCGGAUCGAGUACCUCAAGGGGGCAAGUAAUGUCGUGGCAGACGGGCUUAGUCGAAAUCCUGUAGAACCAGCCGAAGAACUAGGUUUGGUGGGGAUACCAGUAAUGGGGUUGCGGGUUACGACGGACUGGGUCGCCGCGAUGCAGAGGGGAAGUGAAGAAAUCAUGCAGAUUAGGGAAAAAUUAGAGGAGGGGGAUCAAGACACCCAUGAACGAUUCACGAUGUGUAAUGCGAGAAGGGAGGUUCCAAACUACCAGCGCUGA